GAUCAACCUCUUGAUUCUAAACCUCUACUUGGCAAAGUCUAGGAUGAAGAAGUGUCUCAUAUGGUCUACGGAGGUCAAUGUUCGAUAAUGGUUUGAAAAACCAACAAUUGAUAAUACUCUCUGUAAGUAGAAGGUCAUAGUAUUACUUGAGACGGAGGGAGUAUAUAUAUAGCGGUAUCAAUAGCCUAUAUUUUUAUCAUUAUUGAUGUUAGAGUGUCUGUGUGGUGUCUCGGUGUUAGUGUUGGAGUCCAAGCUUCAUAGAUAGAUUAUGGUUUAGUUUUGAAUAAUUCUCAUCCAAUGGUUCACUGUAGAGGGUGGUGCAUCUCUGGCCUCAUGACAUAGAGGACCCCAAAGUUCUGUGAUAUCAGUUGUAAAAUUUUGAGUGGCUCUUAAGUAUUGUCAACUGUAGUCCAUGUGCGAAAUUUCACCAUUCGAGCAAAAUCACCAAUAAGAUCCCAUAAAAUUUUCAGAUCCGAUUGUCACAUGUGGACAACACAUACACUGACAGAAUCUACAAUCUCCAUGAUUUGGUUAGUGACGUGAAUCUACUACACUAAUUGGUGUAGACUGAUGUGCAUUAUUGCACUAUCAAUAUGAAUGCAUUGUAAAGUCAAAACCGUGGAAUAUUCAUGUCAAUUAGUUGGAAUAUUGUGACAAUUUCAUUUAUUUUCCAAAGAGAAACGUGUGUUCCUUGUCUACUCUGUCAUUUUUAUCCAACUUAACUUUACCGUGCAGGAAUCUUCAUACUUUGCACAUCUCAUUCCUAAAUUCAGUAUCUGGUUUAUCUGGUUUAUCUAAAGAGUGUGAAUUCUGUGGUUCUGAUGUUUCAGUCUUAGAUGUUCAAAUAUGAAUUCUCUAUCAGUAUAUAGAGAAGUGUUGGAAACAACUCUAUAACACACUGUUAUCUACACUAUUUUCAACACACUUUUUUAUUAGUGGAAUUUAAGGUGUGUGAAUCGCGGUCCGCCGAAUGGAGAUAGAAAACAGAUGAAGAAGAGUUAAAUUCCACACUAAGAGACAAAGUAAUAUAUGUCACUUGUUUGAGAUAUUGUUUUCAUUUCAAAGCAAUCUUGUUAUUUUCUUCAGUGACAAAAUUCCAUUCCAAUCACUCAGCAGUUUCAGAAAAGAAACAAGCUUUUUGAAUGGCUUCCACAAAAGGCAAUGAUGACCAUGAGCCACAGAGAAGCUAUUGGAGAUGCAGCAAACAAGAUUUCUUUCCAGAGGAAUCCUUUCAAAGCUGGCACAACUAUGGUUCUGCUCUUUCACAAACAUGGUUAAGGUUCAAGGACCGUGUUUCGACCAGAUCGGACGAUGCAACCGAGUCGCAAGAGCUUCAGAAACAAAGUGAGAAUGACAUGAAAAAAUGUCUCAACUGGUGGGACCUUAUCUGGUUUGGCUUUGGUGCAGUGAUUGGUGCAGGAAUCUUUGUGCUAACUGGUCAAGAAGCUCAUAACCAUGCUGGUGCGGCGAUAGUCUUAUCCUAUGUAGCUUCAGGAAUUUCAGCAAUGCUUUCUGUUUUCUGUUAUACAGAAUUUGCCGUUGAAGUUCCAGCUGCUGGUGGUUCAUUUGCUUACCUAAGAAUUGAAUUAGGUGAUUUUAUUGCUUUCUUAGCAGCCGGUAACAUACUUCUCGAAUGCGUGCUUGGAGGUGCAGCAGUAUCAAGAUCAUGGACAUCUUACUUCACAAGCCUUUUGAAUCGUCCGAAAGAUUCAUUUCGAAUCAAAGCACAUCAUCUCAAAGAAGGAUACAAUUUACUUGACCCUAUAGCAGUUGCUGUUCUGUUAACCGCCGGAACGAUCGCAAUGAUCAGUACACGAAAAACUUCGCUCCUCAAUUGGAUUGCAUCGGCAAUCAACACGGCUGUGAUCAUAUUCGUAAUCAUUGCAGGGUUUCUUCACGCAGACACAGCGAAUUUGACGCCUUUUUUACCUUAUGGAGCUAGAGGUGUAUUUCAAGCAUCAGCAAUUCUUUAUUUUGCAUAUGGAGGUUUCGAGAGUCUUGCAACAAUGGCUGAAGAAACUAAAAAUCCACCAAAGGAUAUACCAAUAGGUUUAAUAGGUUCAAUGUCGGUGAUCAUCGUGAUUUAUUGUUUGAUGGCACUUUCACUAAGCAUGAUGCAGAAGUACACAGACAUUGAUACAGGUGCAGCUUUUUCAAUUGCAUUCCAGAAAGUAGGAAUGAAUUGGGCAAAAUACGUCGUCGCUUUCGGUGCAUUGAAGGGUAUGACAACAGUUCUUUUAGUAGGAAGAUUAGGUCAGGCGCGAUACAUCGUUCACAUUGCGCGUUCGCACAUGAUUCCUCCAUGGUUUGCUCGUGUUCAUCCCAAAACAGGAACACCAAUAAACGCAACACUUCUGAUUACAAUCACAAGCGCUUGCGUAGCCUUUUUCACUAGCUUGGACGUGUUAUCGAGUUUGAUAUCAGUAAGUACACUUUUCGUUUUCGCGCUGAUAUCGAUUGCGCUUCUGGUAAGAAGGUACUAUGUUAGAGGAGUUACAACUAAAGAGAAUCAGUUAAAGCUAGUUAUAUUUUUGUUUCUCAUUGUUGGUUCUUCGAUGGGAACUUCAGCUUAUUGGGGAUUGAGGCCUAAUGGUUGGAUUGGAUAUACGGUUACCGUACCUGUUUGGUUUUUUUCGACUCUUGGGAUGUCGGUUUUUUUGACUCAACAAAGGAAACCAAGAUUUUGGGGAGUUCCACUUGUUCCAUGGCUGCCAUCUUUGUCAAUUGCAACAACUGUUUUUCUCAUGGGAUCUUUGGAAUAUGAUGCAUUUGUGAGAUUUGCAAUAUGCACUUUGGUUAUGUUGGUUUACUAUGUUUUCUUUGGUCUUCAUUCAACUUAUGAUAUGGCUCAUCUACAAGAGAAGGUGCAAAAUAUUAAUGUGGAUUACAAAGAGACUGCUAGGAUUGAAGGGCCUUAAGAAGAUUGUAAUUUUUAUCUUCCAUAAUUCAGUUUCAGAUGUGUAUGAAAUUCUAUGUGUUAUUAGUCCUUGAAUCAUUAAAUAAUGUAAUGUUACUUGAUAUGAAUUAGAAGAGCAAUGAAGAAAUGUAUAGAUAUAUAGCUGAAAAUAAAUUGUGAUUUGAUGAAAUGGAUUAAUUCCAGCUU